UCGACUUCCACUUUUGCUCUAACUAUUAGUCGAAAAUAUAUAUUUUUUUUAAGGAUGAAAAUCAAAGUUAAGAUUCUUAAAGGUCAAGAGAUUACUAUAGAGGUCUCACAAACCGAACCAGUUUUGGCCGUGAAAAGAGUUGUUGCACAACAAAUGGACGUGCCAGUUGAAGCUCAAAGACUUGUAUUCAAAGGAAAAACUCUUACAGACAGCGGCUGCUUGCAUGAUCAUGGAGUCAAAGAAGGAGACAAAAUACAUUUGUUUGUCAAAAAAACAGCAGAGAUAAAACCCACAACUGCAGAGAGAGACUUCUGGCAUCACCUGAGAAUGUUAUUAAAAAAUCACUUUACAGAAGCUGAUGUAGAAAAAGUUAUCCAUAAGUCUAAGGAGGAUUUUGAUGUGUGGGUAAAGCAGCUGAGUCUCGAUGACAUAGAAAGAAUGGCAAAAGUACACUUGGAUGAACAGGCUUCCAACAGAUGAUAAUAUGACAAUGAGACCAAUAAUAUUAACUAGAUAACUCCAUCGAAAAGUUGGCCAAUUCAUUCUUGCUGUAAACACACUUAUAUUUGGCAAGCUUUGCAAAAAUUAUAUUGUAUUGAUGCAUGUUAUUUUCACAUUUUUUGAAGACUAAAAUAGUAACUCUUCAUCUCAGAACAAAAAAUAUAUCAAAAAGCAUCCUAGAACAUUUUUACAUUUUUGUUAAAAACAUGAAACUCUCUUUGAAUAUUAAUUAGCUGAUGCAAGUAGAGGACUUAGUAUAAGGCUAUAGCAAUAUAUAGCUUUAGUAUUACCAUACUAGUGGAUUAUUGCAAAUCCUUUYGUUCUGAUUUGCUACGCUACUCGGGUCUAUAUUUUCAAUAGUCCGUAUUUUUUAGCAAUAAACACUUUUAGCAAUAAACACUAUUUCAUCCGUUUUUUGUCCAACUUGUAUGGUAAUACUCAAACAAUAUUAGAUCUCUCGACCUCGUGGACUACAAGCUGAUAGACCAUUCGGCCUUCGGCCUUCGGACUCAUGGGCUAUCAGCUCGUAGGGCUUCCACUCGUCCUCCAGAUCUAAUUGUUAAAUAUUGCUCAGAAAACAACUUUUGAAAUACAUGUACUUUAAAGUUUUUCAAUCAUGUCUUAUUUUUAAAUCCAUUAAUUUUUCCACCUACACACACACACACAAAGAAAAAACUUGUAAUAAAUGCCCCUAGAGAGCAAGAGAGUGCAAUAAAUAGAAAUAAUGCUCUU